GGGAAGCCCACAGUGGUGUGAGCUCCUGGGGCUGCCAGCGGCCGCAGUCCCUGCCCAUCCCAUCUGGGACCCAGGAUCGCUCUGUGAGCAACUUGGAGCCAGAGAGGAGGAGGACGAGGACAAGGAGAGAGCCAGGCGCCUCUGACCAGCGCCCGGCAGCGGCCUGCGCCCUGCGACACAGCCAGCCAGACCCAGGGCGGCCUCUCCUGGCAGCCCUGCUCCUCCCAAAGGAUGCUUUGGGAGUGAGGCCACUCCUUACCCCUGCAGCCCCCCACUCCCUCCGUUCUCCUGAGGCUCUGGGAGACUGCAACAGUCCCCCCUGCCCUCCUCCCCAGCUACUGCCCCAUUUCGGGUCCAGUAAAGCCUUUCUGAUAAAACGAGAGGGCCGUGAGGAGGACUUCCUGGAGGGGGUGACAGCCCAGAGCCUGGGACAGUGCCUACCCCAGAAGGCAGCAGCAGCAAGGAAACCAUGUGGCUUCUGAGUACCACGACAGCUCCGGUCCUCAAAGGCCAGGUGCUGCUGCUGCCCCUGCUGUUGCUGCUGGGACCACCGGCCUCCCGGGGCCUGGUCAUCACGCCCCCGGGGCCAGAGCUUGUCCUCAAUAUCUCCAGUACCUUCAUGCUCACCUGCUCGGGUCCAGCUCCAGUGGUAUGGGAACGGUUAUCCCAGGAGCCCCUGCAGGAAACGGCCAAGACCCAGGACGGCACCUUCUCCAGCAUGCUGACGCUGACCAAUGUCACUGGGCUAGACACAGGAGAAUAUUUCUGUGCCUACAAAGGCUCCCAUGGGCUGGAGCCUGGUGAGCGAAAACGGAUCUACAUCUUUGUGCCAGAUCCCACUGUGGGCUUCCUCCCCGUCGACCCCGAGGAACUAUUCAUCUUUCUCACGGAAAUAACUGAGACCACAAUUCCAUGCCGAGUGACGGAUCCACAACUGGUGGUGACACUGCAUGAGAAGAAAGUGGAUGUCCCGCUGCCCAUCCCCUAUGACCACCAACGUGGCUUCUCUGGUACCUUUGAGGACAAGACUUAUGUCUGCAAAACCACCAUCGGGGACAGGGAGGUGGAUUCGGAAGCUUACUACAUCUACAGCCUCCAGGUGUCAUCCAUCAAUGUCUCAGUGAAUGCAGCGCAGACCGUGGUCCGCCAGGGUGAGAACAUCACCAUCAUGUGCAUUGUGACUGGGAACGAGGUGGUCAACUUUGAGUGGACAUACCCACGCAUGGAGAGCGGGCGGUUGGUGGAGCCAGUGACUGACUUCCUCUUCGAUAUGCCCUCCCACAUACGCUCCAUCCUGCACAUCCCCAGUGCCGAGCUGGGUGACUCAGGGACCUAUAUCUGCAAUGUAUCAGAGAGUGUGAAUGACCAUCGUGAUGAAAAAGCCAUCAAUGUCACUGUGGUUGAGAGCGGCUACCUGCGGCUGCUGGGAGAGCUGGACCCUGUACAAUUCGCGGAGCUGCACCGCAGCCGGACACUGCAGGUGGUGUUCGAGGCCUACCCGCCACCCACUGUCGUGUGGUUCAAGGACAACCGCACGCUGGGCGACUCCAGCGCCGGCGAGAUCGCCCUGUCCACGCGCAACGUGUCCGAGACCCGGUACGUGUCAGAACUGACACUGGUGCGGGUGAAGGUGGCUGAGGCUGGCCACUACACCAUGCGGGCCUUUCAUGAGGACGCUGAGGCCCAGAUCUCCUUCCAGCUGCAGGUCAACGUGCCUGUCCGCGUGCUGGAGCUGAGCGAAAGCCAUCCCGCCAGCGGGGAGCAGACAGUCCGCUGUCGCGGCCGGGGCAUGCCACAGCCGCACCUCACCUGGUCCACUUGCAGCGACCUCAAAAGGUGUCCGCGCGAGCUGCCGCCCACGCCGCUGGGGAACAGUUCUGAGGAGGAGAGCCAGCUGGAGACCAACGUGACGUACUGGGCGGAGGAGCAGGAGUUCGAGGUGGUGAGCACGCUGCGCCUGCGCCGCGUGGAUCGGCCACUGUCGGUGCGCUGCACGCUGCGCAACUUGCUGGGCCAUGAUGUGCAAGAGGUCACUGUGGUGCCACAUUCUCUGCCCUUCAAGGUGGUGGUGAUCUCAGCCAUCCUGGCCUUGGUGGUCCUCACGAUCAUCUCCCUCAUCAUCCUCAUCAUGCUCUGGCAGAAGAAGCCACGUUAUGAGAUCCGAUGGAAGGUGAUUGAAUCUGUGAGCUCUGAUGGCCAUGAGUACAUCUACGUGGACCCGAUGCAGCUGCCCUACGACUCCACCUGGGAGCUGCCUCGGGACCAGCUUGUGCUUGGACGCACGCUUGGCUCCGGGGCCUUUGGGCAGGUGGUGGAGGCCACGGCUCAUGGCCUGAGCCAUUCACAAGCCACGAUGAAAGUGGCCGUCAAGAUGCUGAAAUCCACAGCCCGCAGCAGUGAGAAGCAAGCCCUCAUGUCGGAGCUGAAGAUCAUGAGUCACCUCGGGCCCCAUCUGAAUGUGGUCAACCUGCUGGGGGCCUGCACCAAAGGAGGACCCAUCUACAUCAUCACCGAAUACUGCCGCUACGGCGACCUGGUGGACUACCUGCACCGCAACAAGCACACGUUCCUGCAGCACUGCUCCGAGAAGCGCCGGCCGCCCAGCGCCGAGCUCUACAGCAACGCCCUGCCCGUCGGCCUCCCCCUGCCCAGCCACAUGUCCCUGCCUGGGGAGAGUGACGGUGGCUACAUGGACAUGAGCAAGGACGAGUCGGUGGACUACGUGCCCAUGCUGGACAUGAAAGGAGACGUCAAAUAUGCAGACAUCGAGUCCUCCAACUACAUGGCCCCUUACGAUAACUACGUCCCCUCUGCCCCCGAGAGGACCUGCCGGGCGACUUUGAUCAACGACUCCCCAGUGCUCAGCUACACCGACCUUGUGGGCUUCAGCUAUCAGGUGGCCAAUGGCAUGGAGUUCCUGGCCUCCAAGAAUUGUGUCCACCGAGACCUGGCGGCCAGGAACGUGCUCAUCUGUGAGGGCAAGCUGGUCAAGAUCUGUGACUUUGGCCUGGCUCGUGACAUCAUGCGGGACUCGAACUACAUCUCCAAAGGCAGUACCUUCCUGCCUUUGAAGUGGAUGGCCCCCGAGAGCAUCUUCAACAGCCUCUACACCACCCUGAGCGACGUGUGGUCCUUCGGGAUCUUACUCUGGGAGAUCUUCACCCUGGGUGGCACCCCUUACCCAGAGCUGCCCAUGAACGAGCAGUUCUACAAUGCCAUCAAGCGGGGCUACCGCAUGGCCCAGCCUGCCCACGCCUCCGACGAGAUCUACGAGAUCAUGCAGAAGUGCUGGGAAGAGAAGUUUGAGAUUCGGCCUCCCUUCUCCCAGCUGGUGCUGCUUCUCGAGAGACUGCUGGGUGAGGGUUACAAAAAGAAGUACCAGCAGGUGGAUGAGGAGUUUCUGAGGAGCGACCACCCAGCCAUCCUUCGGUCCCAAGCCCGCUUGCCCGGCUUCCAUGGUCUCCGAUCACCCCUGGACGCCAGCUCCGUCCUCUACACUGCUGUGCAGCCCAAUGAGGGUGACAACGACUAUAUCAUCCCCCUGCCCGACCCCAAACCCGAGGUUGCUGAUGAGGGCCCAGUGGAGGGUUCCCCCAGCCUUGCCAGCUCCACCCUGAAUGAAGUCAACACCUCCUCUACCAUCUCCUGUGACAGCCCCCUGGAACCACAAGAGGAACCAGAGCCAGAGGCCCAGCCCGAGCCCCAGAUGCAGCCGGAGCUGGAGCCAGAGUGGCCGCUGGAUUCAAGCUGCCCCGGGCCUCGGGCCGAGGCGGAGGACAGCUUCCUGUAGGGGGCUGGCCCCCACCCUGCCCUGCCUGAAGCUCCCCCUCUACCUCCCAGCACCCAGCGCCUCCUGGCCUGGCCUGGCCUCCUACCAGCCGGGCUGCUCCUAUCAGCUGUCCCCUUCUGGAAAGCUUUUGCUCCUGGCAUGUCGCACGCCAACCCCUGGCGCUGGCUUAGGAGGCAAGAGAACUGCAGAGGCCAUGAGCAGCCCUCUGCCUCUGGGGAGCCCAUGUGACUCUGAGCCAGGGUUCUCCCAGGGGACUCAGUUUCCCCAUCUGUAAGAUGGGAAAGUUGGGCUUGGUGACCCACAAUCUGGGACUCUCUCCCUGGCUGACAGUUGGGGAGAGUGGAACCCCAGGGGAGAGUCUCGAGGUUCAGGAGGUGGUAAAUUAACCUUUUUCUAUGCAGCCAGCUACCCCUCAAGGGGCUGCAGCUCUCUCCUUACACUUUGAGCCACCCAAGAGCCGGGGAAGGGCCCCUGGCCUCCCUGCCCUCUGGCUGAGCAGGGGCCUGGCCUUGGACAGGGCUGCCUCAUCCAGAAGCCACCUCCCCUCCAUGCCAGUUUCCACUUUCCCAGGCCCGAGCUGGUCUGGGGCCUUCCAUGCUUAAUCGGUGCUGGGGGCUGAGCCGAGUACGGGACACCCUGGCCUGUAGCUCCUGCCCCAGGCACUUGGGGCACACCUCGCCAUAAAAAGUGCUGGUGUCCAUGUCUUCCUGGCCCAUAAGUCCUGGGGUCAUUUUUCCUCAUCACCCUCAGUCUUACUCCACCCAUCAGAGUCUCCUGGGCCCGACGGGCCCCACAUCUGUGAUGAGGGUGUUGAUGUGCCUGCGAGAAGUAUCCACACGUGUGGACCAAUAUGUGGACCGAUAUGUGUAUUGGACCUGCCAUGAGACUUUGGAGGAAUCCCUCGCCCUCUCUGGGCCUGUUUUCCCGUUGGAAAAUGAGCAGGUUGGACUCGCUGACUUCUGGUGCCUUGCCAACAGUAACAUUCUUAGAAUAUUUCCGGGGGUUGCGCACUUGCCCAGAUGAAGCAAAGCCAGACACCCCAAACCUCCAUCCUGGGGGUCAGCUGGGGUCUGGGGGGAUUCCAGACCACACAUCACACUGCAGGCGUUCAGAGACCAUGACCCUUCCCCAGGCCCCUGGCAAGUCCCGAAAGGCCAGCUGCCCAGGCCUUGACUCGGAGUGACAGCCAGUGUCUGGGAAGCCCCCAGCAGCUGCCCCAGGGAUGUGGGAAGAUCACGGAACCCCUCUCAGCACCCACGAUGACCUCUGGAGCUAUCCUGGGCAAAGGGGGCAGAGAGGGCGAAUCAGAGCACCUCAGGCAGCCCCCCACUCCAGCACCUGCUGUCCAGGUCUGUGCCACAGACAUAAGAGACAGUGAGGGCCCCCGGGGGCCCCGGGAAGGACAAGAAGCCUUGGAUAGGGAACCUGAGAAACAGAUGAAAGAGGUGGGUACUUUAGGGGCUGCCUUCUCUCCUGCCGGCUGCCCUGUGGAGGCAGUACCCACGGGAUAUGGCUUUGUCACUGCCCAGGCCUGCUCACCUCACUGUCUCUGCCAGCCACACCCCAGCCCAGUGGGCACUGGAGGUGCCAGAGGAGUGAGGGCUGUGGCCAAGGCCACCAGCAGAGGGAGGGGAUGGGAGCGAGGGAAGAGCAGCCCUCUGGGCACCAGCCGUCUAUGCUGGUUGGCACCUCCGUGCCCCGGGGCCCCUGGUGGAGCAGAAGGAGUGGGUUCUCACUACGGUACCAAAGAUGUAAUCACCUAGGUUUACAAGUAUUUUUAGGACUCACAUUAACUCACAUUUAUACAACAGAAGUGCUAUUUUGUAUGCCAACAAAUUUUCCUAUCUGUGUACUUUUUUUUAAGGGAAAGAUUUUAAUAUUAAACCUGGUGCUUCUCACUCA